UUGUUGAGCUGAGACCAAACCUACGCCCUUGAAAAUAACCUACGGGGCGGAGCUUUUCUGGGUGCAACAAAUACGGUUGCCAAAAUGCGAAAGUCUUUCGUUCGCCCUAAAGAUGAACAAGAGGAUGUGUUGUUUUUGCAUGUUUACAUUAAGGAGGGAAUUUGCCGAACCUACAUGAGCGAAUCAUAGACUGGUUUAGUCCGUUCAAGUUCAUGGAAGGCAGUCGGGAAAACUUCAAGUCCCAGAGAUCCCCAGCAUCAGUGGACUUGGAACGAGAGUUUGAAUAACAUGGCAGCGCCUUCUAGCAGCACAUGCGAGAACAUGGAGAGGUCAAUACUGGAGCGGGUGCCACCGCUGCUGACGGACCUCUACCAGUUCACCAUGGCUUAUGCAUAUUGGCGUGCCGGGCGGCACCAGGAGCAUUCCGUGUUCGAACUCUUUUUCAGGGAAAACCCAUUUUGUGGCUGCUUCACGCUGUUCGCCGGGCUGAACGAUUGCCUCCUGUUUCUGCAAAGUUUUCGCUUCACAGACAAAGAUGUGGACUUUCUGCGCUCCGUUUUACCGGCUGCUACGGACCCUGCCUUUUUCCAAUUCCUGCGAAGUCUUGACUGUUCCGGUGUUACACUCCGUUCUGUCCCAGAAGGCACGGUGGUCUUUGCCCGGGAGCCUCUGAUGGAGGUUGCAGGCCCACUGGCUGUGGUUCAAUUGCUGGAGACCAGUUUACUUUGUCUUGUAAAUUAUGCAAGUCUAGUUUGCAGUAAUGCUGCCCGCUUCCGCCUGGCGUCUGGUCCCCGGAAGAAACUUCUGGAGAUGGGGCUCAGAAGGGCUCAGGGGCCAGAUGGAGGCCUCACUGCUUCCAGAUAUUCAUAUAUUGGAGGUUUCGAUCUCACCAGUAAUGUUCAGGCUGGGUUGCUGUUUGGGAUCCCUGUUGCAGGGACAAUGGCUCAUUCAUAUGUCACGUCCUUUACGUCUAUGGAGGAGGUUUGCCCACAAAUGCUCGUUGGAGUGAACAGCAACCCUGAGCCAGUGGACUUCAUUUCACUAACCAAGGGUUGGCUGGCUCGAGUGUGUGAGCUUUUGGGGGUGGAGCCUGGGAAGAUUCAUGAGGGAGAGUUGGCUGCCUUUCUGUCAUACGCUAUCGCCUACCCCCAGAACUUCCUCCCUGUAAUUGACAGUUAUAGUGUUACCUGUGGCCUGUUGAACUUCUGUGCUGUGGCCUUGGCAUUGUGUGAAUUGGGCUAUAGGCCGGUGGGGGUUCGAUUGGACAGUGGAGACCUCUGCAAGCAAUCAGUGGAUGUGCGCCGUGUCCUAAGACUCUGUAGCAAGCAUUUCUCUACCUCUGCCUUUGAUUCAUUUAUUAUUGUUGGGACAAAUAACAUCUCAGAGCAAACCAUGGUGGAAUUCAACAGGAAGGAGAAUGAGAUUGACGUGAUUGGGGUUGGGACACAUCUUGUCACUUGCACUAAACAACCAUCACUGGGUUGUGUGUAUAAGCUUGUGGAGGUAAGGGGCAGGCCUACAAUGAAGAUAAGCGAGGAUCCAGAGAAGAGCACGGUCCCAGGAAGGAAAUCUGUCUACAGGUUACUAGAUGCUGAGGGACAUCCCUUUCUGGACCUGGUUUGUUUGGCACAGGAGUCACCACCAGAGGCAGGAAUCCAUAUUAGGUGCCAUCCUUUGGCUAAUGAUGGUACUCCACUCUCUGUAACGCCAGUUCAGGUCAUUUGUCUGCGCAAAGAAGUGUUUACCAAAGGACAAGUCACACACCCUUUGAGCUGUGCUUCAGAAACUAAAGCUAACGUCAAUGACUCCCUUCAGAGCCUUCACCCUCGACAUAAGCAACUGGAACAGCCUGAGUCAUACACAGUGGCAUUGUCAGAGAAACUAUACAACUUGGUCACAGAUCUAACAAGAGGAAGUGCAAAGAACAAGAACUCAAUCUUAUUCAAUUAAAGAAAAUCUUAUGUUUUCAAAUCCAGCUUUCUGUCCAUUUAUUAAAAAUGACUGCAGGGGCCUUGCAUUUAAAGAAACUAGCAUUACAUUCACUUCACCUUCAUACACAGCAAUUAUUUUCAGUAAAUAACAGAGUUGGUGUCAAUUAUACAGCCCCUUUUUCAAGAGUGAAAACAAAAUUCAUCAUGCAGUACCCAGAGCCAUGUAGAAACAGAGUUGCGACACACCCAUAGGGAUCCAAUAUACAAUUUUACUUCCAGGUAAUGGAACCUCGAAUAGUUCCAAACAUCGUUUCAAUGAGGGCGGACCCCCAGUCAUUUGAAUUGCUUGGUGAUAUUCUGAGGUUAAUUGAUUAAAAAACACAAAAAAAAAACUACAUCUUUUGAAUUUUUAACUGUCUCUAUAUUAUCAGAGGCACUUUAUGAUAAGCGGGAGAAAAUGGAUAGAUCUUUAUGCAAUGAGAAAACUGCCCAAGCAACAGGAUGGAAAUGGUUUUGAAGUUAAGAUUUCAUUUUUUGCUACCUUCUCAAUGUCGAAGUCCUGACCAGACAGAGAAUAUUUGAAUAAAAUAUAUUACAAGCAGUCCAAACAAAUGUCAUAACAUUUGGGAUAAUAUGUCAAAUGACAACUAGUUGAAUGACACCACCGUUAUGACCUGACCUGAGGGGGUCUGUAUCGCUUUCGCUAACACUAAAAAACUUUGAGGAAGGUGGAAGGAACCCUGCCCCACAAAAGAAAAAAAAAAAAAACUACAAAUUUGAUGAAUGCUUUACGGCAUACGUAACUUCCCCUUUUCCCCAUUCCAGUGUUAUUUUUGGUAGCCCUUUUAAUUUUUGUCUUGGGCUUAUGGACGAAAAUACUCAUUAAUUUUGGACUUAUUUUAGUCAUCUGAAAAUGUGUCGUCGUCUAGUUUUUAUUGACGAAAACUAUAUAGACUAUUUUCAUCUGAGUCGCAAAAAAAAGAUACUCCAAAAAUAAAGGUUUCCAACUAUUUCAAAUGAACAUUGAUAGACGAGCACAUAGUCAUGUGAAAAAAAUUAGGACACCCCAUUAAAUAUUCAGUUCUUUAUUUAGAAAUGUUCACAUAUCAAUGUCUGAUCUUAUUCUUCUUUAUCUCUGGAAAAGAAAAUUAUUUAAUUGCAGGUAAACAACAAAAAUUAACAUUGAUUUACUCAUUAAAGCAAAUAUAUCAACGAAAAUGCAUAUUCUGAGGAAAACGUUAGGACACCCUACCACCUCAUAGCUAUUAUCUCCUUUGGCUGAAAUAACUUCAGUGAGACGCUUUUUGUAGCCAUCUACCAGUCUUUGACAUUGGUCUGAAGAAAGGUUGCCCCACUCCUCAACGCAGAAUACUUUGAACAGUGACUGACUGUUGAAGUGACUAAAACACCAAGGUGACAUUAAAGGCGCUGUCUGAGGCCUUCAGAAAAAAGAUUGUAGAUGCUUAAUGAGACUGGUAAGGGAUUUCAAAAGAAUAUAAAAUCAGCCAUUCCACUGUCCGGAAAAUAGUCUCCAAGUUGAGGACGUUCAAAACAACUGCCCACAUGCCCAGGUCUGGCCGUCCAAGCAAGUUCACACCAAGAGCCGACUGCAUGAUGCUAAAGAGGUCUCCAAAAACCCUAAAAUGUCAUCACGGCCCCGGGACCUACAGCUGGCUCUUGCUACUGUUGAUGUGAAAGUGCAUGCCUCUACAAUCAGAAAGAGACUUCUCAAGUUUAACCUUCGUGGGAGGUGUGCAAAGAGGAAACCUUUGCUGUCCAAGAAAAGACCAGACUAAAGUUUGCCAGAGUGAAUGUAGACAAAAACCAGGACUUCUGGAAUAAUGUUCUUUAGACAGAUGAAUCUAAAAUUGAAUUUUUUGGACACCAGAACAGGGGACAUGUUUGGCGUAAACCCAAUACAGCAUUCCAGGAAAAGAACCUCAUACCCACUGUGAAGCAUGGAGGUGGAAGUGUCAUGGUUUGGGGAUGCUUUGCUAUAGCAGGACCUGGCCAGCUCACCACCAUAGAAUCCACAAUGAAUUCUAUUGUGUAUCAGAGGGUCCUUGAAGAACAUGUAAGAUUAUCAGUGAAAAUAUUAAAGCUGAAGCGAAACUGGACCCCACCAAGGACUGGCUGAAAAGGAGGAGAGUGCUGGAAUGGCCGAGUCAAAGCCCAGAUCUUAAUCCCAUUGAGAUUCUGUGGGGUGACUUGAAACGGGCUGCACAUGCAAGAAACCCCUCACACAUCUCACAGCUGGAAAGUAUUCUGCAUUGAGGAGUGGGGCAUACUUUCUUCAGACCGAUGUCAAAGACAAGUGGUAGGGAGUCCUAACUUUUUCCUCGGUUACAAUAUGCACUUUUGUUGAACUGAAUACUUCAUGGGGUGUCCUAAUUUUUUCACACGACUGUAUUGUAGAAUCUGUCUACAAAGACAACGCCAACUUGGUGAUAAUACACACUCAGCAGGAAAACAGUACAUUAUUUUCAAUUAAUUAUACCCACCUGGACGCCACGAAGUGGAAGCAUAAAUAGAAAAAAAAAUAGUUAUACGAGUUUAAGACAGGGUUGGGCAAACCGGUCCUCGAGGGCCGCAGUGGGUCCUGGUCUUUGUUCCAACUGAUUCAGCACAGACAGUUUAACCAAUGAGGUUUCAGUGGAAACAAGAAGCACCUGACUGCAAUCAACUGAUUGCACUUGUAAGAAACCAGAUUGGUGAAAGGCUGUCCUCAUGAUGGGUAUGAACAAAAACCCACACCCACUGCGGCCCUUUGUGGAAUAGUUUGCCCACCCCUGGUUUAAGAGGACGCUUGCUUUUAGCAUUAGCCUAAUGCGAACGCUAUGCUAAUGCUACGAAUUACAUUUAGUGUGUGAUGAUCACUCAGCACAGACCUUAAAGGCUAAAGCAACAUUACAUAUUGUCUCUGGCCAAGAAAAACAAAUCUUACCGUUUGCGAGCCUGCAUGGAGACUACACACUGGUAAGUCGGGAAAGGAGGAGGGGGCGCAGCACGUCACAAGUGACUUAACCAGACACUGCUACGAUGCAGGCUAAAGACGCAUAAAAUGUCGUCAUCAUCAUGAAAACGUGUUCGUUGACAAAAUAUUUUUGUUAUACUCAUCGUUGACGAAAAAACACUGCCCCAUAUAUGCCACAAGCUGCCGGUCGUUGGCCGAGUGGCAUUCUUGGUGGACAAGGAGCAAGUCAGCCACAAAAUGCAAGCUGCCUCCAUAUUAAAAUGUGUGCCAUGAUCCCAGUAUUUGAUAUAAUACAAAACACGAUGUUUACUUCACUUCCUCGUAAGUCCAAUCGUCCCACAGUUGUCUCGCAUGUCUUGGCUGAACUUUCUGAAACCCAAAAAGGCUCACACGCCUCUCCCUGGUGCAGCUACAAAAGCCUGCAGCCUUUUGGCUUACGUGAGGCAAAAAAUAAAUGAAUAAAUCCGCAAAAUCGCCUGAAGCCGUAGUCCAUCUGCAUGUUAUAAAGCAAUGCUGUAUUGUGAGAUGCUAACCCGGGUGACAUCACAUUCGCAUUCGUCCUAAACCCGAGACUGGAGCCGGAAGUAACUCAUUUUCAUGGCGCGGGAUUCAAAAAUUGAAUAUAUGAAACGAUCGCUUCCACACACAUCCAAGCGGUCCAUUUCAUUCAGGAGUGAUAAACACCAUGUGAAAUAUGGAAUAAACAUGCUUUUUGGUGUCAUACGCACUUUAAGGCAAAACACUACCGUUUCCACCCGCGCCGCUAAAAUCGACCAAAAUUGAAAGUUCCUUAGUGUUUUUUUUUUUAAAAAGCCUGUUGACAAUUUCUAUUUCUUGCUUCCUAGUGCUGCAGACUUUUGGCCAAGUUCCCUUGCUCUCUCGGUUGCAGAUUCCACAGCAGUCAUGGUUGAUGCUCUCACACCCCCUUGUUCCAGAGCGUGAAGUCCAUAGAUGGUUGUCCCACCUGGGGUGCAGACCUCAGAACGAAGCUGAGCUGGAUGCU